CGUCCUGGCUCUGGAACAACAUUUGCCCGAUGGAGACAAGACGCCACUGUCUGAGCGCCUGGAUGACACAGAGCCGUACUUCAUUGGGAUCUUCUGUUUCGAGUCUGGAAUAAAGAUCCUGGCUCUUGGUUUUGCCUUUCACAAGAACUCUUACCUGAGGAAUGGAUGGAACGUCAUGGACUUUGUGGUGGUGCUCACAGGGAUCCUGUCCACUGUGGGUUCAGACUUCGACCUGCGGACCCUCAGGGCUGUGCGCGUACUGAGGCCCCUCAAACUGGUGUCCGGUAUUCCCAGCUUACAGGUGGUGCUCAAAUCCAUCAUGAAGGCCAUGAUUCCUCUGCUGCAAAUCGGCCUGUUACUUUUCUUCGCUAUCCUCAUGUUCGCCAUCAUUGGCCUGGAGUUCUACAUGGGCAAAUUCCACACAACCUGCUUUGACAAUCACACAGGUGAGAUCCGAGAAGAGUUUCCAUGCGGGACGGAGCUUCCGUCGCGGCUGUGUCCAGAGGGCACCAUGUGUAGACAAUACUGGCUGGGACCGAACUAUGGCAUCACCCAGUUUGACAACAUCCUGUUUGCUAUCCUCACCGUCUUCCAGUGUAUCACCAUGGAGGGCUGGACCGAGCUGCUCUACUACAGCAACGAUGCCUCAGGGAGUGCAUGGAACUGGAUGUACUUCAUCCCCCUCAUCAUCAUUGGCUCCUUCUUCAUGCUCAACCUGGUGCUGGGUGUGUUGUCAGGGGAGUUUGCCAAAGAGAGAGAGCGUGUGGAGAACAGGAGUGAGUUCCUCAAGCUCAGAAGACAGCAGCAGAUUGAGAGAGAACUCAAUGGUUACCUGGAGUGGAUCUGCAAAGCUGAAGAGGUCAUCUUGGCAGAUGAUGAGAAUGAAAAUGAUUACGAUGGGUCUCGUAGGAGAGCCACAAAGAACCAUAAGAGCAAAGCUGAGCUGCUGAACCCAGAGGAAGGAGAGGGAGAUCUGGCCGUAGGUUCACCAUUUGCUCGUGCCAGCUUGAAGAGCUCCAAGCUGGAAGGAUCAACCUUCAAGAGACGCGAGCGCCGGCUGCGCUUCUUUAUCAGACACGUUGUUAAGUCCCAGGCCUUCUACUGGACUGUGCUGUGUUUGGUUGGCCUCAACACGCUAUGUGUGGCUGUAGUUCACUAUGACCAGCCAGAACCACUUUCGGAUUUUCUGAAUUUUGCUGAAUUCAUCUUCCUGGGGAUAUUCUUGACAGAGAUGUGUAUAAAGCUGUAUGGCCUGGGCAGACAGGCCUACCUCAACUCCUCCUUCAACUGCUUCGACUGCAUUGUGAUCUGUGGUAGUAUAUUUGAAGUGCUGUGGUCCAUCAUCCAGCCGGGCACGUCGUUUGGCAUCAGUGUGCUGCGAGCUCUCAGGUUAUUGAGGAUCUUCAAAGUCACCAAGUACUGGGCAUCUUUACGUAACCUCGUCGUUUCUCUGCUCAACUCCAUGAAGUCCAUCAUCAGCUUGCUCUUCCUGCUCUUCCUCUUCAUCGUCGUCUUUGCCCUGCUGGGCAUGCAGCUCUUCGGAGGACAGUUUAAUUUUGAAAAUGGCACUCCUUCAACCAACUUCGAUACCUUCCCUGCAGCAAUAAUGACGGUGUUCCAGAUACUGACUGGUGAGGACUGGAACAUGGUGAUGUACGAUGGCAUCAAGUCUCAGGGCGGAGUCAACAAGGGCAUGGCCUUCUCUGUCUUCUUCAUCGUACUCACACUUUUUGGCAACUACACUCUACUCAAUGUGUUCUUGGCCAUCGCUGUGGACAAUUUGGCAAAUGCACAGGAGCUGACCAAGGAUGAGCAGGAGGAAGAGGAGGCUGCCAGUCAGAAGAUCGCCCUGCAGAAAGCCAAGGAGGUGGCUGAAGUCAGCCCGCUGUCUGCCGCCAACCUCUCCAUCGCAGCCAACAAAGUACACAGUGAGUGUCACAACGCUACCGACCCCUUUCUGGACUGUAAGGAGCAACAGAAGAACAACAAUAAGGGAAUUAAUAAGUCGGUGUGGGAACAGCGUACCAAGGAGCUGAGGAAGCAGACUCUGGCGUCCAGCCGAGAGGCCCUCUACAACGAGCUGGACCCCGACGACCGCUGGAAGGCAAGGGCAGGGAGGGAGGAGCAAAACAAUGUGAACUAUUCUCGACACAUCCGUCCAGACAUGAAGACCCACCUGGAUCGACCCUUGGUUGUCGACCCCCUUGAGAACCGGAACAACAACACCAACAAGACCACUGCCAACAAUUCAGACCUCUGCUUCAGCCAGCACCAUCCCGCCGACGAGCUCCACAGACAAACACGCCUCCACGAACAUGCUGGGGAAGUAGGUGGGGGUGGUGGUGGAGGUUCGGGUCCAGUCAGACCUCCCUUACAGCGGGGUGAGUCCACAGAAAGCAGGCGGAGCCGUAAAGGUGAGCACCACCACCACUCCUCGCACGUCCGACUGGAUGCCACGGUGAUACCUGGGCCAGGCUCGGAGGAGAGGCCUUCGAGACGCCACCACCACACCCGCAGCGGGAGUCGAGGGGGAGGGCAGUCAGAACACAGGAAGCCCAGGUCGCAUCGAAAGAUUGCCGCGGAAGGCGAGGACGGCGGGGGAAGUGGUGGAAAAACGGGGAGGCACAAGAGCAAAGGGGUGGAAGGAGGUGGAGAAGGAGGAGAGCAGGAGGGAGCUGGCGAAGGCAGUGAGAGGAGGCCAAGAAGAAGUCGCCAUGGCAACCAAACAGAGGGCGAGGGGAAGAGGAUGUGUCAGCAUAGAAGGAAGGAUUGCAGUGUCCCCAACCUCUCUACCACACGGCCCAUCCAAAAGAGCCUCUCCAGACAGGACAGCCAGUACAGCGAGGAUAUGGACAACCUCAUGAAUACCAAGCUGGUCUCUGGCUCCACCCCGCCCAGCGAGGGUCACCCCAUUCCAGUUGCCAGCCGCACUGUGGCCCCCGGCUAUGGAUCUGCCCUCCAUCUUGCUAACAGUGGCACUCACGGGAGUUUGGUCACGUUAGAUAGCUACGGGAACAUCGGACAUAGCCGUGCCAACAGUGUCAUCAGGCUGCCCCACCCUGACUACACAGCAAUAGACAUGCCAAUUUUUCCAUCCACCAAUGCCAUACUGCAGGUCAACAAGAACGCCAACACGGAGCCUCUGCCAGCGAAGGAGGACAAGGACGACGACGACGAUGAGAAGGGAGGUGAAGGAGGACCCAGGCCCAUGCCUCCCUUCAGCUCCAUGUUCAUCCUGUCCACCACCAACCCGUUUCGACGUGCGUGUCACUACGUCUGCACCCUGCGAUACUUUGAGAUGUGCAUCCUGCUGGUUAUCGCCAUGAGCAGCAUCGCUCUGGCUGCUGAAGACCCCGUCUGGCCUGAAUCUCCUCGCAACAAUGUUCUACGCUAUUUUGAUUAUGUCUUCACUGGAGUGUUCACAUUUGAAAUGCUGAUAAAGAUGGUGGAUUUGGGGUUGGUCUUGCACCAGGGCUCUUAUUUCCGGGACUUGUGGAACAUCCUUGACUUUAUAGUGGUUAGUGGUGCUCUGGUGGCCUUCGCCUUCACGGGGAGCAGUAAGGGAAAAGACAUCAGCACCAUCAAGUCCCUGAGGGUCCUGAGGGUGUUGCGACCUCUGAAGACGAUCAAACGUCUUCCAAAACUCAAGGCUGUGUUUGACUGCGUAGUGAACUCUCUGAAGAAUGUGCUCAACAUCCUGAUCGUCUACUUGCUCUUCAUGUUCAUCUUUGCUGUGGUGGCCGUGCAGCUUUUCAAGGGACGCUUCUUUUACUGCACUGACGAGUCCAAAGAGUUUGAGCGCGACUGCAGAGGCGAAUAUCUGGUGUAUGAACGACAUAACGAAGUGAAGGCGCAGAAGCGGGAGUGGAAGAAGUACGAUUUCCACUACGACAAUGUGGCUUGGGCCCUUCUCACCCUCUUCACCGUGUCUACUGGAGAGGGGUGGCCGCAGGUGCUGAAGCAUUCAGUGGAUGCGACUUACGAGAAUCAGGGCCCGAGCCCCGGAUACAGGAUGGAAAUGUCCAUCUUUUACGUGGUGUACUUCGUGGUCUUCCCCUUCUUCUUCGUCAACAUCUUUGUGGCUCUCAUCAUCAUCACGUUCCAGGAGCAAGGAGACAAGAUGAUGGAGGACUAUAGUUUAGAAAAGAAUGAGAGAGCCUGUAUAGACUUUGCCAUCAACGCCAGGCCUCUGACACGCCACAUGCCCCAGAACAAGCUGAGCUUUCAAUACCGAAUGUGGGAGUUUGUGGUGUCGCCGCCAUUUGAGUAUACUAUCAUGGCAAUGAUCGCGCUCAACACUGUCGUGCUCAUGAUGAAGUAUGAUGGAGCCUCUGAUACCUAUGAAGCUGUGUUAGGCAACCUGAACAUAGUGUUUACCUCCCUCUUCUCCAUGGAGUGUGUACUCAAGAUCAUCGCCUUUGGAGCACUGAAUUAUUUCAAAGAUGCCUGGAAUAUUUUUGACUGUGUGACAGUUCUGGGCAGCAUCACCGACAUUCUGGUUACCGAGCUGGGGAUGAAUAAUUUCAUCAACCUAAGUUUCCUGAGGCUGUUCAGGGCAGCUCGUCUCAUCAAGCUGCUGAGGCAGGGAGAAACCAUCCGCAUCUUGCUCUGGACCUUCGUUCAGUCCUUCAAGGCUCUGCCUUAUGUCUGCCUCCUCAUUGCCAUGCUGUUCUUCAUCUACGCCAUCAUUGGGAUGCAGCUGUUUGGGAAUAUUGCUAUUGAAGAAGAAAGAGAGAGCGCCAUCAACCAGCACAACAACUUCAGGACCUUCGUACAGGCUCUCAUGCUCCUCUUCAGGAGUGCAACAGGGGAGGCGUGGCACGAGAUCAUGCUGUCAUGUCUGGGGAGUAAAGACUGUGACAUCCUGUCAGGGAACACAGAGCCAGAGUGUGGCAGCCAGUUUGCCUACCUCUACUUUGUCUCCUUCAUCUUCUUCUGUUCGUUCUUGAUGCUGAAUCUGUUCGUAGCCGUCAUUAUGGACAACUUUGAGUACCUGACAAGAGAUUCAUCCAUACUGGGACCUCACCACCUGGAUGAGUAUGUCAGGAUAUGGGCCGAGUAUGAUCCUGCUGCCUGGUGCGUGGUAACAUGCAUGCCCUCGGGUGCACAUACUCACACAUAUCUUCUUUUUUUUUAAAACACACCCGCUCACAGUGAAAACUCUUAUCUUCCUGCCUAGAACCACUUGCACACAUUAUGUUUGCACAGGAAUUAGAAUUGGCCAAAUAUUCAACUCUCAACAUAUCACAUUUCUAAAUCCAGAUGCUGUUUACGACGUCAGACACACCAAAUGCUUCAUUGUAUGUUUCUUGUAUGUUUCUUUAAUAUGCUUAUUCAUACAGAGCAAGGCCUAAGCAGUGACCUCUCAACAGUUUUGUGAAUCUGUUUUUUUUUACGUAC